AUGGACGGACCUCUCAACGAUGAUGAAGGGUUCGAGCUUCCGCCUGUUGAUCUGGUACAGGACACAGCCCCCAUGUCUGACGAUAGUGACGAUGCGGCUGUCACAGCUGGUGAAUUUGGUUUAGAUCUCCACAUGCCGUCUCGCGCCUCUUUAAGCGAAAGCCCCGGUAUCGUCGGAGGAGGAUUGCGUGACGAAGACACUAUUACAGUACAAGGAAAGCAAAAGAAGCUCUCCCGACACGGUAUCCCUGUCCCCAACAUGCCGUCAGGGGUAAUUCGAAAGCUGGCUACUCGAUUUGCGCCAGCGAGAGCUGGCUCUAAAGCUAAGAUCAGCAAGGCCACCUUAGCUGCCAUUGAACAAGCGUCAUCGUGGUAUUUUGAGCAGGUCGCUGAAGAUCUGGCGGCAUAUUCUAAACAUGCGGGUCGGAAGACGAUUGACGAGAGUGACGUUAUCACUUUGAUGAGACGACAACGCCAUAUUAACAAUUCUACGACUGUUUUCUCUCUGGCAUCGAAGCAUUUACCGAAGGAACUGCUGCAAGACAUGAGAUUGUCAAUGCCCCCUUGA